CUAAUCAAUAAUACUUGAUAUUAUACAAGCACAGUUCUUGUUCAUCCAUGUAUUAUAUGACAUUCAUUAACUACAUCAUAAAAGAUAAAAGGGCUCUUAUUCACCCCCCCAGUCUUUAGGGUUUCACUACUUCCUUCCCGCUCCCUGAAUGGCGCAUGGGUAAGACAACAAGGAAAUAACAAUAUACAUUUUUAAAAAAUAAAUAAAUAAAAUAAUGAAAAGAAAUAGUCAGUAAUUGGUCACAAAGCUUCCGGUGCCACCUAUUUCAUGAGAAACAAACAUUGCUGUGCUACAUUUUGGUCAGGGGAGCUUUAAAUAGUGAGGUAAUUUACCACUGAUCUUAAAAAUAAUGAAUCAUUCUAAAAAUUUUUAUCAGUGUUUAAGUUUAGUUUCUAAAUGUUUGUUUCAGCAACAUCACUAGCACAAGCUCCACCCAGUGGUGGUGGUUUCUGACAAUUUAUGUUAAUGUUUAGAUUUUUUUAUGUUUAAAAACAUUUAUGCUCAAUCAAACUGCUCUGUUAUCCCACUGCAACUACAGUAAUAACGCUGGUAGCUACACCAGUGUGUGAGCCAGAUCCCCUCAGGUCACCGGGUUGGUUUGUUGGUUGUUGAUGUUCAGACUUUCACUCACAAACACGAAAAUAGACAUAAGCCCCGCCCAGUCGUGACGCCACAUCGUACUUUCUAGGUUUGGACAGCAGGUGAUUAGGUCCCAGCUAACGGCUGAGUUAUGAAAUAACACACACAUUAACAUUCUUGCUGGAUUUUUCGUGGAUUUGUCUCAGUUUUUUUCAAAUUUUCUUGGCUAAACCUAAGAUUAUUUUUUCAGUCACUUGUGCCCCAUCCCCACCCCCACCCCUCGGCGGGGUUAACAGAGCCCGCCCCCUCUCCUCUCUCUCCGGCAGCCUCCGCCUCUCCUUCACUGGUCUGUCAUCCACACCGCCGUUGUUGCAGCCAUUUUACCGUGGAGCGUCGGCACAGCGGCGACCGGAGGAUGCCGAAACAGCACCGUUAAAAGAGUUAAACAGCCAUCAUUACUUCAGAAAUGGCAUUUGACAAUCUCAAGUUUCUCCACAUCUCAUGAAAAGAGUUUUCAUGUAAAAGAAUAAAAACAUGGCUGACGCGGCACGAGGUCCCGUGAUUGGCCGCCCAUUGGCAUUUGCCAAUGAAGAGCGGAGGGCGGUUCACUCCUGGUCCCGGAUCUCGUCAGCGGGGCACAACGUCCUCCUGGAUGCUCUGAAGAUCCUCAGCCCGAUGUCCCACGACCUGUCGAGCUGCGAGGACCUGGUCAACUUCCUGCAGGACCUGAGCGAAGAGGGACACAAGCCCACUGUGCUGCGCAGCAAGGAUGUUUACAACUACCGAUCCUGCACCACCCAACCCAUGACUGAAGACAUGCUGAGGCCACCCAACAGGAAUGUCAGACCCACUGCCAAGAGGAGGGGGAAGAAGCCCCUGACUAAGAAGAGGGAGGUGCACCCGUCCUGGAACACCUCUGAGAAGAGCAGUCCAAGGAUUCAAGGCGUCCGCCCUCCGGAGCUAAUGGACCAUCACGCCCUCAUCUGCAGCAGGACACCUGGUCGAACUGUAGAGAUGUCACAGGUGCUGCAGUUGCGGCCGUGCCUCAAACUGACCAGCAUUAAAGGCCUGUCUGGCUACCACACUGCCAGACUCCAGAUCCAAACUUCCUGGGACUCGUCCUCGGAGGCGCCCUCUGUUGCCAUUUCACAGCAACAGCACCCUCCAAUGCUUUCAGGAAUACCUUUGCAGCCUUCUCAGAACGGUGGUGGGGCGCCCACCAAAGCUGUUGCCUUGUUCAGCCAGAAGAGCCUGUCUUGUCCCCUCCGAUUGGACGGUGCCCUAAUCGGAGAUUCUGCUCCAGUCUUUUAUGCUAACGGCAGGGCGUUCCCAGAGACUCACACAGAGCUGACCAGUAACGGUUGGAGGGGCAACGGCCUCCACCGGGACGGUCGGGGCCCCAAGGAACUGACACGGCAGAGAAAUGGCUGGAAGGACAAGAACAGUUUGAGAUCGAAAGUGAUCAAGGUGGAUGACUCUCGCUCGGUGGCUGAGGCCCGCAGAAAAGCUCAGAAGAUCCUCCAGGUUAACCUGUCCCCAGUGAUUGAAAUCCAACCUCUCAACCAUGUGCUGAGAGACUUCAGAUACCAGAAUAAGUGACUAUUUCACCCACAACAACCACACACGUUGUUUUGUUUAGCAGAUGUUAGUGUUUUACAUCCAUUAGCCUCUACCUGACUGAGCCCCAGUGUUCAUAGCAGACGUCUUACAUGAGUUUUUGUGAUCUCUGCUGAGUGUUUGGAGGGAGAAUCUGUGGAGGUUCUGGUUCCUGACAGAGGCGCUCGGGACUGAAGGCAUUUGAAGUUGAAGGCGAUGCUUUUCCCAGCAGGCUGGGAGAUGAUUAUCGACCAAAAAUGCUGGUACAUUUUCACUGUCGACAUUAGUUUACUAUUCUCAGUACUUCAACCAACCAUCAUUCUGCUUUGGGUUGACUGGCUGCUAGCCGAUGUUGCUGAUGAGUUUUUGGUCGCAGCAUCCACUGUGACUGUUAUGUCAAAGGUGAAUUUUCUGCCCUUCAAUAGGGCACUGGGUGUGACUCACAAUUGUUCUAAGAGUACUUAUAAGUCAUUUGAAGUAUAGCGGCAAUUUUGUUUUAAGUAUUGUUUCAUUUACUGCCCGGAUGAACUGGUGGACGGGGGGGGGCAGGUUUCCAAAGUCUUCUGUCGAGCAGAUGUGUUGGUUGGUUUCACCAAAACAAAACUAAACAAAAGGAGGGAUAACGAAAUGUUUUCAGUUUGUCUUCCUUUUUGUAAUUUGUUGCGUCUUCACUGGAAAUCAGGAAGGCUCCUAAGUUUUCUCACAUUUUUCUCAUCAUUAAAAAUGGUCUCAGAAUCCCGUUUUUUACAAAUUUAUACCUGUCAUUUCAGAAUUUAUUCUCUGAAUUGUGACUUUUUUUCCCUCAGAUUCUUCCAUUCCAUGACAUGGCUCUGGUCCAGUUCCAUAAGUUGAAGAUGUUUUACACCAGAUACAAAAAGACCAAGAUGUGAGCUCAGGUUUGGAAACAGCCAGCAGCUUCGAGUCAGAUGCUGUUCAGGAUUAAUUUGUGCAGUACGCUUCUGUACUACACAGGCAGCCAACUGUCAAGUUGCCGUACAGUGUAAGACAUUUGUUUGGCUGAUUUUAAAAACUUUGAUGACGUUUCCUAACUUGAGCUCCAGGCCUGUUUUGUUCAAUUUAAAAAAAAAAAAAAAAAAAAAUGCAGCAUAAGCAGGUUUCAUCAGAACUCACCAGUGCUCUGUUCUCCUCAGUUGAUGGCGAGACUUUUUGUUUUGUUUUGUUUCUGGAAUUUCUCAGCUGUGAUCAAACUGUUCCUCACCUUAAAAUAAAAAUAAAAUGCACUUUGGGAGCGUGACAGUG